AUGGACGACGAUUUCCAGUGUGUUGUUGUACACGGAAGGAUCUUUCAGAAGGUGUCGAUCGACAACAGCAUAUACUGUGUGCCGGUGGCCAGUGAUGAACUUGAGGAAGACAGAUUGACGGCUCAGCAUGAUGUAUUGUUCAAGCUGUUCGGCAAUGCUCUUUUCUCCCCUCAUAUGAGGAUCAGGGACCCUAGGAAGAUACUGGAUUGCGGGUACGGCGGUGGCGACUGGUCGGUGCAGUGUGCGGAAGAGUUCGAGGACUGCGAGGUUACUGCUGUCGACAUCUACCCGAUGCUUGUCGUAGACCAGCCAGAAAAUCUCAGCCUCUGCGGCUACAACCUAAACGACCGCCUCAACGACCCGGAGGUCUUUCAAGCUAGAGCCUACGACCUGAUUCACUCACGAUGCAUUAGUGCGGGCAUCAAAAGCAACCGGUGGACAUCCUACAUCCGAGACAUGAAGCUACUACUCCGGCCAACCGGUUGGAUUCAGGUUGUUGAGUAUUACCUCAACAUUCAGUCGAGUAGCGGGAGGUUGACGGAUGAUUCGGCAGUAAGAAGGUGGUGGUUGGCAUAUGCGGAAGCGAUGGGUCGAAUGAAUCGUGAUCCCAGAAUUGGCACUCGGUUGCAGCACCUCUUUCAUGAGGCAAGACUUCGAGACAUUCGAGUCGAAACUGUACAGCUACCGAUCGGCGAUUGGGAAGCAGACCCAGUCAAAGCCGACAUCGGAAAAGAAACUGUUGGAAUAAUGGGCGAUCUUCUUGAGUCGCUCGGUCUUUGGCCUCUGACACAGCAACUCAACUGGACGGUUGCACAGUUCACCCAGCUCAUCAGCGAAGUCCGCUCAGAGCUACAAAACAACGAAUUGAGGCUGUAUGUUCCAGUGUACGUGGCUUGUGGUCGCCGCAGUGGACAAGGGGGUCCAUAG